UGCCGCCCUUCGAUCGACGACACACUCAUGGGAGAAGCGAUGGCAGAAGAACAACCAUCUUCGUCCCCUGCAGUUGAAGCAGUUGCUGCCACACCACAAGUCGACGAAGUGGACCCUAGCACGGUCGCUGUGAGCGUGCACGUCCACGGCCCUGCUGGCAACGACGAGGUCCUGCUCGAGAUGGUGAGCCCUCUCGAUAGCGUCAUGUCACUGCGUCAAAUGAUUGCCGAGUACCCUGUCUUUGCGCACCACACAUCGUACCAUUUUGAAUUGCAGGUGGCCGAGUCAUGGGUGCCGCUGAACGAUUUCGUCGAGUUUGGCGAAUACACGGCGCUGUUGGACCCAUCCACGACUGAAUUCCACACGCGCAUCGUGUUGGAUCGCUAUGACGUCCGCAAAGUGCGCGCGCAGGUGAAGCGAUUGCGCGAUGUGUUGGCGAACCCGCCGAUUCCCCAGCAAUCGUCCACGUCCGUCGUGGCGGCGACCCCAGAGGCGGCCGCACCGGCCAAGGCAAAAUCCGCCAAGGAACAAACGCAAGAACAACUUGCCAAGUUGAAGGAAAUCCACCGGAAAUUGGAAGGCCUUGUCGUGCCGGUGACGCCGACGUUGUCUACGUUUUACGACCCCGUGGCGCUCCACCCGCCUGCCGAUUCCAAGAACAAGGCUCUGACGACGUCCUCCACUUCGACCUCGUCCAAAAAGGGCAAGAAGAAGCAAGCGGCUACGCCCAAGGCAUCGACUGACAAGACGCCAGACCAGUUGCCGUCGACGCUGCCAAAAUGCAUUGAUAGCAUCAUCAUCUCGGGCUUCAACCCGCCGCCAGGUCCCCGCAAACUUGCCGGCGACCUCGCCUACCUCGAAGUCACCCUCACGGACAAGAAAGUGCUCCACGUCACUGCCCACGUGUCUGGCUUUUACGUGAACCGCAGCGUCGGCUCGAAAUUCGACCCGCUGCCUGCCGCCGCGCACCACCACCUCCUCGUCGACGUCCUUCUCAGCGCAUCGGCCACGUUCUCCGAGCAGUAUGCGUCCCUUUUAGCCACGGCCGCGACGUGGGCGGCAGCCGGCGCGACCUCGAUUGACGCCAUGGUGCAGGCCGGCGCCACGGCGUCCAGCGGGUUGCCGCCGUGGAACACCCAAGUGAAGCCAUCUUCGCAACACCAUGCAUUUGACGCAAACCGAGCGCAAGACGAGCUCAGCGUCGGCCUGGACGAGCGCGGCGUGAUCCGCGACUGGAACGAAGAGUACCAGUGUGCGCGGGAGCUGCCCAACGAGUCCGUGCGCGACCAGAUUGUGCGUGCGCGCGUGCUGUACAAGGUCACGAGCGAGUUCAUCGAGGCGGCUACCGUCGGCGCGGUGGCCAUCGUGGACGGGUCGAUCCCCCCGAUUAACCCCAUGGAUGACGACAACGCGUGGGUGUACGUGUACAAUCACAUCUUCUUUUCGCGCGCUGUGGAAGGCCAGAAGCACGUGCAUGACGACACGGAAGCGUCCCAUGAGAAUGCCUACUCGAGCGCCAACCACGACCUGCAAGGAGUGCGCGCGUACAACGCCGUGGACGUGGCGGGGCUGCACACACUGGCCACUGUGGUCGUGGACUACCUUGGCAUGCGCAUCGUCGGGCAGAGCAUCAUCCCCGGCAUCCUGCAGGGAGAAGCCGCGUCCAAGCUCGUAUAUGGCUCCGUGGACAGUGGCGUGACGAUCGUGGCCCAACCGGACAUGCACGAGAAGAUGCAAAAGGCGGGCGACGCGCUGCUGCUGGCGGACCGUGUCAUGGCCGCCGACACGUCGUUGGUCGGGCCCGUGGAAGCCAAGGGCAUCUUGGGCGCCGACAACCGGCAGUACAUUCUCGACCUGGUGCGCAUCACGCCCAAGGAUUACCAUUUCUACUUUGGCCAUCAAGACAAAACAGCCUCUGAAUCGGACAACAGUGGCGUCACGGCCAGCACCCGCGAAGGCUUGGACAGCGCCGAGGCCGGCAAGUACACGGCGCUGCUGCGACCGGAGCUGAUCCAACUGUUUGCGCGCUACAAGACCAACAAGGACAAGACGGACGCGGCCAAGGCAGCUGCGGACGCCGCCCCUGCGACAGACUCGACGGAAGAAGCGACGCCACCCGAAGCGGAUGCUCCCGCUUCUUCGUCGGCGAUCGCGUUGCGCUUCAACGCGAACGUGUUCAUGUCGUACCCCGCGUCGGCCGAUGCCGAACAAGCCGCCGCCGACGAAGCGCUGGCCAAGGAGGCAUCCACGUACCUCCAGACGCUGGUCAUCCCGGCGUUUGUGGCCGACCUCCGACGGGGCGCCAUGUACCCCGCGGAUGGCAAUGCGCUGACAGACAUGCUCCACGCGUGUGGCAUCAACAUGCGGUACCUCGGCCGCGUGGCCGCGUUGAGUGCAGCGUUCGAGCCCAACGUGUCCAAGUUUGUCGUCGAGUUGCUUGAGGUGGAAAUGAUUGCUCGAUCACUCAAGCACAUCGUGGCAGCGCUAUUCGCGGCCCAGCCAGAGCUCCGCAGCACCCCCGGCGUAUUGCUGGUCGACGUGCUCAACGCGCUCUUGGGCUCGUCGCGCAAAGUGGCCCCAGCGACGACCGCGUCUGAGCUGGCUCUGGACAAGCUCAGCCUGACCCCGACCGCGGCGUCGCACCAGCUGUCCCCCGCGACCCUCUGGCCCCGCCUGCAGGAAGACGUCGCCCGGCGGUUCGGGUACACCCUGCGCCUGUGGCCAGGACCUGCCAAGCAAAAACCAUCCAAGGGCGACAAUACCCCUUCCCGCGUACACAAGGGCGUACUCCUUCGCCGCGUGUGCCAGCGAUUGGGUUGGCAGGUGGCCAGCGCCGACUACGACUUUGACUCGGACGCGCCGUUUGAUGUGGCCCAUGUCACGGGCAUGCAGCCGCUCGUCAAGCACUCGCUGCCCGCGCAUCCGUUUGGCCACGCCACGACGCUCUUGGAACGCGCGCGGUUCCUAGUGAGCCAGGGCGUGCUCGGACCGGCGUACGAGAUGCUCCAGGACGCGUCCUCGCUACUGUUCCAAGUGUGCGGCGGCGCCCACGAAGACGCGGCGCUGGUCCUCGCGUCCACCGCCACCGCCUUGUACCAUGCAGGCGACGUCACGGGAGCCAUCGCGUCCCAGCGCCGCGCGUUGGGUCUGUACACCCAGCUUAAGGGCCUCGACUACUACGACACGGCGUUCGCCCAUGCCAACUUGGCGCUGUACCUGCACGCGAACGCCGACACGGCUGAAGCCGUUGGCCACAUCAAGCGCGCCAUCUACCUGUUGGAACUCGCGGCCGGCCCGCACUUUCCAGAAACCAGCGUCUUGUACUACAAGCUGGGCAUGAUGUGCCAGGACGUAGGCCACGUGGCGUUGGCGCUCGUGUGUCACCGAGAAGCGCUCCGCCGCGGCGAGUUGGAUCGCCACCAAGCCGGCAUGUGCCUGCAUGCGAUGGCCAUGGCGUGCGCGUUGGCGGGGGGGUUCCGCGAGGCGCUGUCGUACGAGAAGAAGGCGCUGGGACUGUACCAGGAAGUUGUGGGCGACGACGACCCGCGGGUGGUCGAGUGUUUAAAGUACAUUGAGAUGUUCACGGCCAAGGCUGUGGAAGGCGCCAAGGGGCGACAGGAAAUUGACGCCGUGGCGGCCGCGGACGCAAUGGCCAACUCGUUGGCAGAGGAAUGGGAAGUGGAAGUCCGAGAAGCGGACAAGAAGCGACAGGGGGGAGGCGGUAGCAGCAAGAAAAAGUCAAAGAAGCAAACUGCGUAAUUUGUAGAUGAACGACACUUAUAGAGACAACAACAAGCCAAUGGUUACGAUUCAAUACUGUACCUGGUCUCGUUUGGUACGAAUUACUAGGCAGAUGGACGGACGAAACCCCGAAACAACCCCGACGGUCACGACGACACUGCUAAGACAAGCGAAUGAAUGUAAACCUGA